AUGGACAUAGCUCGGGUGGUGCGCACUCAAGUGAGCGCCGGAGAGCUUGACCCUCCGCUUGAGCUCGUUCAGGAUAUCAAUGACGGUUCUGUGUCUCUCCUUGAGGUUGUCAAAGCUCUUGGAGAAUACCUUACUGCAACGGAAAAUGAUGUCCGACUAAAAGGUUUGACCUUUCUCACCAAUACGCUCAAGAGUAGCGCUACGGGAAAGGUCAAUCGACAGGCUACGUUGACUCUCACUCGCUUCUACAUUUCCAAAUUGGAUGAUGCCGACUCUUUAACUCCUACCUUGACCGCUCUUAUCAUCCUGUCCAAAUUGCCGCACUUUGAUGAUGAAUCGGCCAUUGAAGUUUACAAAGCCUUAGUGGAGAAUGUAAACAUGAAAGCCCAUGUUCAAGCUAUUCGACACCUUGUCUACCAAAUUCUAGACUCUUUCCUAGCCAAACAUCGCAAAGCGUUGAAAAACAUGGGUUUAGACUUUGUCAACAGUUACGUCAAAAUGGUCGAUGGCGAGAAAGAUCCUCGUAACCUCAUGCUUCUCUUCGCCAUGGACCGAGUUAUCCUUUUAGAGUUUGACGUUGAAACAAUCAUCGAAGAUUUCUUCGACAUCACGUUUUGCUAUUUCCCCAUCUCCUUCCGCCCUCCACCGAAUGAUCCGUACGGAAUCACCGCCGACGAUCUCAAGUUGGCUCUAAGGAAUUGUAUGGCCGCUACCCCACAUCUCGCCAAGAUGGCCUUGCCACUUUUCUUGGAAAAGUUCCCAACUUCCAGUGGACCCGCAAUGAAAGAUCUGAUGUUAUCCAUGGCUGCAUGUUUUCCCACUUACGGCUCAUCCGCGGUGAGCGAGAGGGGAGAAGAGCUCUGGGAAUGUAUCAAGACAGAAAUUCUGUAUUCGUCAGACCCUGGGAUUGAGUCGGCUGCUCUAUCAGCCCUUGAGUCUCUUGUCAAGACACUUUACCCAACUGCCGAUGUCGUUCCGACUGGAAUAGUUCAGGACAUCAUCAAACAGUGCCUGGAGAUCAUGAAUGACCCGGAGAAAGCUCAGGCUUUAGCGGCUACCAAGAUUAUCGUCGGACUGGUCCGAGCUUCUGCGUCCGCCGGGACGUUUGCUAUCUCUCAAACAUUCCAGCAGCUGUUUCGACAAUUCAACCGACCAACUGUCCCCUCUCACCGAACCCCCAUCCUUUGGUCCAUAUCGUCCAUUUUGAUCGCUGCUCAGUCUACAUAUAGCAAUACCGAGUCGGGCAGAAAUGAACCCGAGGAGAAAAGUCUCCAACCAUUCCGAGGGAGUCUUAUGGACAUUCUUCGGGAAGGUUUAAGAACGGAUGCACUCCAGGAACCGGCCAUCAGAGGGAGUGUGGCAUUGAUCGAAAUACCAGAAUUCUUAGGAAGGGAUGAAGCGGAGAGUCUCGUAAGGGGGAUGAAUAACGUUCUUGUGGAUGACAGUUCCUCUGAUAUCAAACGGACCGCCAUCAAGGGUCUCAUCACAAUAUCCAAAAUCUAUUCCUCACUGAUUGAAAGCAUCACCUUCCCAUUGCUGUUUCAUAAUCUUCCCGACGCCGCCCCGACUGUGUCGGCCGUGCAAGCCCGAGAGAAGUAUCGCAGCAUCCUCUACUCCCUCUCUCAACUCUGCGUUCAGCCUGGCCUGUUUCAGACUCUGGUCAUACGAAUCACCACGAAGCUCGAGCUCCUUGCUUCGUCGCCUCUACCCGCCGAGCAAGACGUACAAAUGUCGAACGGGGCUGGUGUAGUCAUCGAUGCUCGAGAAUGUACAGUGGCAUACGCUUGGGACCUUCUGAACUGCCUUUCAGGGGUUAUUGACGCCAAGCUAGCCGAAAAGCACGUGGACGUCGUCAGGUACUGGGAUCAGAUCACUCCACGAAUAUACCGGAUGGCAGUGGAAGGUGCGAUCUCGCGAAUCGGACCGGAGCCUCUGUUUAGUGAUACGAGAUUGUUGGAGAUGUCUGGUAAGAUUUCGGAAGUCAUGACUUGGGAGCUUGACCCAGAAAAGCAAUCUCAGCAUCUUUCAGCCGUAUAUGCUGCCUUCGAGCGUGGUCAGAUGAAACCUCUAAUCGAUUCGGAUAGUAUAGGGUUACCCGGAUCACCACUACGCACUGGUGCCUCAGUUCCAGAGCAAAACCUCAUCAUUCUCUACUCUUCAGUCAUGCAAGGUCUACGGAAAGAUGUCAUUCUACCCUUCGACUCUGCGGCCGACUUUCUAGGAUCCAAAGUGCACUGGACAAUCAACGUGGCUCGUGAAAAGAUACAAUUACGGUGGGCUCUAGAUAUGAUAACUGCAUUUGUCAAUCAGCGGGAUACAGAUUUGGGAGAUGCACUGGAGAUUAUCUUCGAGAAAAUAUGGUCCAAGGACGUUCAAGAUAUUUCCCUCCCUCUUUCCACUCGUACUCGAGCACUACAUGUCUACCUUCACAUCAUCAAAGGUCUAGCUCUGCUUCGAAACCCAUUGGCGUACAAAGCUCUCGACAGAGUGAUCGAUAUUCUCUCGCUGUCUAAUCUCGACCCAGAUUUCGUUCACGAAGCGGCAAAUUCUUUCGGUAUUCUAGCUCAUGGAAAGAGUAAGGGCAAGGAUAAGUCACAUCUGAUAGCAAAGCUUCUUCAUGCUCAGAAAUUAUGGAAUUACGUUCUUCCCAAGAUUAUACAGGGUGAUCAAGAUGCCCAGGGGAAAUCUCGAAUACCAUACUUAAUAACCUUCUCAUCAUUACUACCACUUAUUCCGGCGUCUCUAUGUCUCUCAGAUUUCUCCACCAUCUUACCUCUUCUACUCCGCUCCUUGACACUUUCUAGUCCCACACAACGCAUCAACGUGAUAACCUGUCUCAUCUCAAUCUUUGAAACCCCUGAGCUCUCCACAGAAAUCGACAGUCUUCUACAUCGUUCAGCCGUAGAGAUCGUCGAAGGGAUAAAUAGAAGUAUACUUCAUGACCCGUCUUCCCAUAUGGAAACUUCAGGUACGGUGAGGAGUAAAGCGAUCAGUUUCCUUGCUUUGAUACCUGAUGUGAUCCGAUUCGAAAGUUUGAGAUCGAUGAAGAGCGUUGUCCUGAGAAAUCUGGGUAAAGCUUUGGACGAUCCCCUGCGUAGUGUACGGAGAGAAGCUGUGGAAUGUAGGGCCAAGUGGUAUAAAUAUGGAGGAACGAACUAG